UCUUCUUGGACAUUUUUCACAAUAUUCUGACUUUUUAUACAUCAAAUAAAUAAUAAAUUUAUGGAGAAAACAUUUGACAGAUUAGUCGAUGAUAAUAUAAUAUAAUAUAAUAAUAAUAAUAUAAUCGUUGGCUUCAGCCCGACACUGAAAACGUAGUUAAAAAGCUAAAGAUGGUCAGUUUACUGUCACACCAGAAGAAACGUUAUUUCUAGAUAAACAAUAGAUGAACGAAUCGUUUCAGCUCUACGUGUUGACUAAUGUCUCCCGUCUCGCUCCAGCCCCAUGUUCCUUCACCAGCUGAGCUCCUUCGGCUCCUCCUUCCUGCCCCGCAGCCGCUCCGCUCUCUGCAGGGCUGGCUUCAGCGGCAGCGGCGCCUCCUCCGCCAGCCUCCCACAUUUCAUCCCCGCUCCACCUCCAUGGUGGUCGGUGCGGGGAUUUCCCCCCCGACCUCCUCGUCUCCCCCACUCCUACCUAGCAGCCCGUCAGUUCUUCUCUUGUAGGACGUUACACCCUCAGAGCUUAAACCCGGGUAACUUUGGCCGUGGUUGUUCGUUCUCCACGUCUUCCGGCCUCAUGAUGGAGCGGUCCGACAGAGAGCCUCCUCACAAACGGAAGAAGAGCGCAGAGGAGCGGAGGAGCGAUGAAGAAAGGGAACACGGAGGAGGAGGAGGAGGAGGAGGGUGGAAGGGAGGCAAGGCCAGAGAUAGAGGCUCCAACCAUCACCUGGAUUCCAGCAGAGACAGCCGCCCUCGACCAAACCACCGCCUCAAAGAUGGAAGUCAAGACCGCGGGAAGAAUGGAGAAGGAAACAGCAGAGAUAGAGACGGAGAAAGGACUGAAGCUUGGAGUAAAGACAGACAGCGAAAAGACAACGGCAGUCGAGAUGAAACCCCAGACCGAGGGAGAAGCGCACAUCAUCCAGGAGGGCAUAAAGACGUACAGCCGGCAAGCUCCAGGACUCAAACCUCCAGGACUCAAACCUCCAGGACUCAAACCUCCAGGACUCAAACCUCCACGUCAAAACCUGAACAGGAUAACGUUUCCCUGCAAAGACCCAACGCCUGGUUCAAAGACAGGAGUGCAGGAGAGCAGGGAGGGUCGCGUGAGAGGAACCCCCCUCCACCAGAGGGACAGUUAAGGGAUAGAGGUAGUGAUGGCGGGCAGUGGCCGGGGCUUCUCUCCCAGCCUUGCAGCACUAACCCGUGGCAGGUCGCCGGCGCCAACAGGCAGCCCCCCCCCCCCUGGACAGGCGACGCUAAACCUGUGAAAUCUCUCCAGAGACGCUGGGAGGCCUCGCCUGCCUGCAGUACCAACGCCCAACCACCAGGAGGCAGCACAGCGUUUGACUUCUCCGUGAUGUCCUACAACAUCCUGUCUCAGGAGCUGCUGCAGGACAACGCCUACCUGUACCAGCACUGUAACCCCUGCGUCCUGCCGUGGGACUACCGGCUGCCCAACCUGCUGGCUGAGAUCCAGCAGCACAACGCUGAUAUCCUGUGUCUACAAGAAGUGCAGGAGGACCAUUAUGAAAACCAGAUUAAACCGGCUCUGCAGGCACUAGGUUACCAGUGCGAGUACAAGAAGCGAACAGGAAGUAAACCAGACGGCUGCGCUGUUAUCUUUAAAACCUCCCGCCUGUCACUCCUCUCCUCCAAUCCCGUCGAAUACUUCCGCCGCGGCGACGCCCUCCUUGACCGGGACAACGUGGGAUUGAUUGUGCUGCUGCAGCCUAACGCCACCACGACCCCAUCAGAUCCCUCCGACUUCAUCUGUGUCGCCAACACUCACCUCCUCUACAACCCUCGCCGCGGCGACAUCAAACUGGUCCAGCUGGCGAUCCUAUUGGCCGAGAUUGGCCGGUUGUCCCGCCUCCCGGACGGAUCGACCAAUCCGGUUGUGCUGUGUGGGGAUUUCAACUCAACACCCUGGAGUCCACUGUACAGCUUUCUGACCACAGGCUGCCUGGAGUACAGAGGGAUACACAGCAGCAUGGUGUCUGGUCAGGAGAGCAGUCCCAGAGGUCACCGUCUCCUCACGUCUCCACUCUGGUCUCACACUUUGGGAAUCAGCCGUCAGUGUCAGUACGAGAACAAACGCAGCGUUGAGUCGUCGUCCAGCAGCCCGACAGCAGUCGAAGGAGCGAUCUCUAAUCUGACGGUAGAAGAUCUCGCCAACAAAGCUGCAGCUGCUUUCCACAGAGCGAGGAUCGAGCACAGCCUGAAGCUGCAGUCGUCCUACCAGCACCGCCUGAAGCCUGACGGGAGACCUGAGAUCACCACCUGUCACUCCCGCACCGCCACCAAUGUGGACUACAUCCUGUACACCCCCGAAUUCCUCACACCUCCUUCACUUCCUGGUGGGCGGGGCCUGCAGCUGCUGGGCCGGCUGUCAUUGGUCGGCCAGUCGGAGCUGGAGGAAGUCAGCGGGCUGCCAAACCAGCACCACUCGUCCGAUCACCUCCCCAUCCUCGCUCGCUUCUGCUUCCGCCGCUGACCCGGGGGGGUCGCUGGAUGGACGAAGCAGCUCAGGGAAGGUGUUGGAGAUGUCGACUGAAGUAAAGUUGUUUUUAUAAACACUUGUGCUGCCGUGAAGAAGAAUGAAGUCAGUUUUCCACCAAACAGCACAUUGUGACAUCCAAGAAGAAACGUAACACGCUUUAAUUCUAAUCUAAUUUAAUCCACCUGAGGUGACGGGACGUCUGUAAAGCAGUAUCUCCACAUGUUAGCAGGACCUCACUGAUGACUGACGUGUCGCUGCAGAUCAAGAGCAAGAUGUUUCUAAACAUCGUGUGCACGAACAACAAUCAUUCUUUUAACUUUUGAUUUGAUUCCUCGGAACAGUUCAGCUCAACAUGUGAAUCUGUGAAGAAGCCUGAACAUCGCUCGACGUCUGUUCUGCUCACAGCUGCUUGUGUUGAUACCAUGAAGUUAACCUGAAGAACAAUCUGGAUUUUAAUGCUUCAAACAACAAAACCACCGUUGAAGAAAAAGUAAUUGGCUUUGUAAUUUAAUUUUAAAUCUUUUAAUCCAUUUUGAGUUUUGGAAUCCAUACUUUGUUUCUGCAGCAGUUCUCCUUGCUCGUGUGUUCUACGUCUCUACACUGGAGAAUGAAUGUAGUAACCCCGAACUCACCACCUCAUUUCAAACACAGUGGAUUUAUUUUUCUAAAACUUCUUUUAGAAAGAACUUUUAGACAGUUUGUAAAUAAAGGACUUGUGUUUUUAUA